AUGAGAGGCGCUGCUGCCAAUCGACAAUUAGAAUGUAUCAAAUAUGCCUAUGAAAAUGGUUGUAAAUGGGAUGAUGGUACAACAAGGGAAGCAGUUGCAAGUGGUUGCAUUGAUUGUCUAAAAUUUGCUCAUAAAAAUGGAUGUAAUUGGGAUGAAGGUACAAUAGUUACAGCUGCCAUGCGGGGAAAUUUAAGUUCCUUAAUAUAUGCUCAUGAAAAUGGAUGUAAAUGGGAUGAAGGCACCACAAGACUUGCUGCUGCAAAUGGUCAGUUUAAUUGUUUAAAAUACGCCCAUGAACAUAAUUGUCCUUGGAGUAUAAAUACCAUUCAUGAAGCUACUCAAAGAGGUUUUUUAGAGAUAAUCAACUAUGCUAACAAGAAUGGCUGUAUUAAUUAG